UGAUGAAGAAACAGAGGUAAGAGCAGCACCAAUAAGAAUGACAAUGACAAUGACUGGUGCAUCCUUGACUCUGGUUGCUUACAGUCCCACAUUCCCUUCUUCUUCUUCUUCAUCUUCUUCCUUCAAAUCUCACAAACCUAAAACCAGUUGCAGAGUCUCACUCUCACCUUCACCACAACCCUUGUUCUCUUCCUCUGACCCCUUCGUUCUCGAACUCGCCGAAACCUUGGAAGACUCUCUCCCUUCCUCCACUCCACUCCUCCACAAGCUCCGAGACGCUUCCUCCCAAUCCCUCAUCUCCACUCCAUGGCCAUCCCGCAAGGACGAGCCCUUCCGCUUCACCGACCUCUCCCUCAUCCGCUCCUCCAAAAUCCUCCCCGUCGCACACCCCACAAAACCCCUCUCCGCCCUCCCCACCCACGCCGACGACGACUUCCCCUGCCGCCUCGCAAUCGUCGACGGCCACUUCCUGCAAUCGCUCUCCAAUGUUCCCGAGCUUCCACAAGGGGUUUACGUUGGUAGCCUCUCCGGUCUCGCCUCUAGCUCCGUCAUGGAUAGGGUUUCGGAAUUGGUUUGCGGAUUGGACGGUGGUGAUUUGUUCUGGUCAAUCAAUGGGAUCGGCGCUCCUGAUCUCACCGUGGUUUAUGUCCCUGAAGGGUGCCGUGUUGAGAGCCCCAUCCAUUUGGUGUACUAUGCAGUGGAGGGUAGUGGGGAGGGUUCGAAAACGUUGCCGGUUUCGAAUCCGAGGGUGUUGGUGGUGGUGGAGAAGGGUGGAGAAGUAGGUAUAAUUGAGGAGUUUUGCAGUACAGAAGGGAAUGGGAAUGAGUGUUACUGGACAAAUUCUGCAUUGGAGGCAGUGAUUCGAGAAGGCGCCAAGGUUACGCAUUCUUAUAUUCAGACUCAGUCAUCCAGUGCAGCUCAUAUCAAAUGGACCUCCAUUCGCCAGGAAUCAUCUAGUAAAUACGAGCUUACAGAGGUAAGCACAGGAGGGAAACUGAGCAGGCACAAUCUUCAUAUCAAACAACUAGGCCCAGACACUGUGACGGAGUUAACAACUUUACACUUGUCUGUUGGCGAUCAAACACAGGAUCUUCACAGUAGUCUUGUAUUAGACCAUCCAAGGGGCUAUUCCCGUCAGCUUCAUAAGUGCAUAGUGGCUCAUUCACAGGGACAGGCAGUUUUUGAUGGAAACGUAAAGGUCAACAGGUAUGCACAGCAGACAGAUGCAGGACAGUUAACAAGAAGCCUUCUCCUUGAACCUCGCGCAACUGUAAAUGUGAAACCAAAUCUCCAAAUUGUGGCUGAUGAUGUCAAAUGCUCCCAUGGAGCUGCAAUAAGUGACCUGGAAGAGUCUCAACUCUUUUAUUUUGUCGCACGCGGCAUUGAUCCAGCAACAGCUAGAAAGCUUCUUAUUGAUGCCUUUGGAGGGGAGGUGAUAGACAAAUUUCCUGAUUCCAUUAGAGAGAGAGUACGAAGUCAGUUUAAAAGUUUAUUGGAUCCAUCUCCUAAUUGAUUGUCAUUAUUGGUGUGUACCAAGUGUAAACAUUCUACAUUUCCUGGUAAAAUAUGAAUCUGAAAUCAAAAUAGAAUUCUUUUUGCUUGA